AUGGAUGGAGCAUUGUGCCCUCCCCCCCCCUUCUCUCCCCACAGGCAUGUUGGAGGAGCUGGCGGAGGGACACCUCUCUCACACAAUUCUCCAUUCCCCCUGCCCCUUCUCUCCCCACAGGCAUGUUGGAGGAGCUGGCGGAGGGACACCUCUCUCACACAAUUCUCCAUUCCCCCCGCCCCUUCUCUCCCCACAGGCAUGUUGGAGGAGCUGGCGGAGGGACACCUCUCUCACACAAUUCUCCAUUCCCCCCGCCCCUUCUCUCCCCACAGGCAUGUUGGAGGAGCUGGCGGAGGGACACCUCUCUCACACAAUUCUCCAUUCCCCCUGCCCCUUCUCUCCCCACAGGCAUGUUGGAGGAGCUGGCGGAGGGACACCUCUCUCACACAAUUCUCCAUUCCCCCCGCCCCUUCUCUCCCCACAGGCAUGUUGGAGGAGCUGGCGGAGGGGGAGGUGGACGGGCGGCAGAGGGAGGACGUGGGGACGGCGGUGGGCGAGGUGGAGCGCAUCGUGGCGCUCAUCAACGUCGUGCUCGACGUCUCCAAGGCCGAGGCCGGCCGCCUGCACAUGGAGCACCUGCCCUUCCACACGCGCUCCUGGCUCAAAGAUGUGCUGCACUCCCAUGCCUGCGCCGCCCACGCGCGCAACCUCAAUUUCGCGUGCCGUGUGGAUACGAGUGUGCCCGAGGUGCUGCAGGGGGACUACAUGCGCCUGCAGCAAGUGCUGGACAGCAUCGUAGCCACUUCUGCUGCUGCUGCCACUGCUGUCCCCACGGCUGCUGCUGCUGCUGCUGCUGCUGCUGCUGCUGCUGCUGCUGCUGCUGCUGCGCUUGGCGGUGAGCAGGAGCGAGGAGAGAGAGCGUGGAGGGAGCAGGUGUUGCAGCAUGGGUUGGUGCAGCAGGGGGCGGAGCAGCAGGGGGCGGAGCAGCGAGGGGUGCUGGGGGGCGUGGUGGGCGAUUGGGCCCCACAGCUGGCCUCGCUCUGCACUCGCUUCCUCCCUCGCCCCUCCCACCCGCCUCUGGGGGCGAUGGGGCAAGGGGAGGGCAACGAGAGGUGCGAGUGUGAUGAGGAGGAGGGAAGGGAGGGGAAGCUGGAGGGGGAGUGGGAAUGGAAGGGGCAAAGGGAGGAAGGUUGGAGUAAUGGAGAGAAUGGGCGCAGGGAAGGUGUGGGGGAUGAGGAACGUGGGAGAGGUGAAUGGGAGGGUGCAGCAGUGCAGUCAGUGGGUGGUAGGGAUGCGGCAGCAGGUGCAUGUGUGCAGCAAGGGCGGGAGGAGGGUGGCGAAGGGGAGAAGGCAGGUGAACGUGGCGCUUUUUGGAGAGGAGGAGAGGGGAGAGGAGAGGGGAGGGGAGCAAGGAGAGGAGAGGUGGCUUCUCUGAGGCACUGCGAAGAGGAGCAAGGGGGUGGCCCUGGUGGUAGAGCCAUGCGAGGUGCCGGUGUGCGUGAGGGGGGUGGUGCUGUCACAUAUGAGGUAGGCAGGGUAGCAAGAGCAGCAGCAUUAGGGGCAGGCGGUGGUGUGGGCUGGUGGAGCGAAACAGUAGAGAGGUGGUGGCGUGGACGGGGCAGAGAGGAGGGCACGGAGGCGGAGGGGGGAGGUGGCAGGCGGUGUGUGGUGCUGCUGACAUGUGAGGACACGGGGUGUGGCAUCGCAGAGGAGGAGCAGCGCGACGUGUUUCAGGCGUUCAUGCAGGUGAGCCCUGCCCCUCAUGCAGCCCUGCCCCUCAUGCAGGUGAGCCCUGCCCCUCAUGCAGCCCUGCCCCUCAUGCAGGUGAGCCCUGCCCCUCAUGCAGGUGAAUGUGUGUUGGGACACCAAGGCGUUCAUGCAGGUGAGCUCUUAGAAUGUGUGUUGGGGCACCAAGGCGUUCAUGCAGGUGAGCUCUUAGAAUGUGUGUUGGGGCACCAAGGCGUUCAUGCAGGUGAGCUCUUAGAAUGUGUGUUGGGGCACCAAGGCGUUCAUGCAGGUGAGCUCUUAGAAUGUGUGUUGGGGCACCAAGGCGUUCAUGCAGGUGAGCUCUUAGAAUGUGUGUUGGGGCACCAAGGCGUUCAUGCAGGUGAGCUCUUAGAAUGUGUGUUGGGGCACCAAGGCGUUCAUGCAGGUGAGCUCUUAGAAUGUGUGUUGGGGCACCAAGGCGUUCAUGCAGGUGAGCUCUUAGAAUGUGUGUUGGGGCACCAAGGCGUUCAUGCAGGUGAGCUCUUAGAGUGUGUGUUGGGGCACCAAGGCGUUCAUGCAGGUGAGCUCUUAGAAUGUGUGUUGGGGCACCAAGGCGUUCAUGCAGGUGAGCUUUUAGAAUGUGUGUUGGGGCACCAAGGCGUUCAUGCAGGCGAGCUCUUAGAAUGUGUGUUGGGGCACCAAGGCGUUCAUGCAGGUGAGCUCUUAGAAUGUGUGUUGGGGCACCAAGGCGUUCAUGCAGGUGAGCUCUUAGAAUGUGUGUUGGGGCCCCAAGGCGUUCAUGCAGGUGAGCUCUUAGAAUGUGUGUUGGGGCACCAAGGCGUUCAUGCAGGUGAGCUCUUAGAAUGUGUGUUGGGGCACCAAGGCGUUCAGGCAGGUGAGCUCUUAGAAUGUGUGUUGGGGCACCAAGGCGUUCAUGCAGGUGAGCUCUUAGAAUGUGUGUUGGGGCACCAAGGCGUUCAUGCAGUGGGCAACAGAAGCUUCAGUGCGAGCGAGGGAGGGCAGGGAUGGGGAGAGGCGGAGGGCACAAGCGCGGUGGAGGGGGCGGGUGAGAAGGUGGUGAGCGCCAAGGACGCUCUCAAGGAGAUGCUUCAGGGCAUGGCGAUCCUGGUGGUGGACGACAACGUGAUCAACCGUUCUCAUCCCCUCUGCACCCCUUCUAUACCCGCUGUACCCGCCGUGGUGGACGACAACGUGAUCAACCGUGGUGGACGACAACGUGAUCAACCGUCCCUCUGUCUCACCCCUCUGCACCCCCCUGUACUCCCUGCACUCACCCAGGUGGUGGACGACAACGUGAUCAACCGGCGGGUGGCAGCGAGCACGCUGGCGCGGUACGGGGCGGAGGUGGCGCUGGCAGAGUCGGGCGAGGCGGCGCUGCGCCUGCUGCAGGCGCGCCACUCCUUCCGCCUCGUGCUCAUGGACCUCCACAUGCCCGCCCUCGACGGCUUCCACACCACCGCCCGCCUGCGCGCCUUCGAGGGCCAAGCCCACACCUCCCAACAGCAGCGCGUUCAUGUGGUGGCCAUGUCAGCGGAUGUGGACUGUGCCGUUGCCGCCCGUGCCACAGAGGCUGGCAUGGAUGGAGCCGUGCAGAAGCCACUCAAUGAGAGAGUGCUGCUGCAGGUGCUCUCAACACUAAAUGGUUCUUUUAGUACUCUCGCUUCCGCCCCGCCUACCGACCGGCCCCCGCUAGCGCGCCCCUUAGCCCCUCCUGUCGCACCCCUCUAA